AUGGUAGACGAGUUGUAUUUUGCUGAGCCUGAGGGUUACGAUGAGAGCCAGGGUGCAGACCCUGAAGGAGUUUAUGAUAAAAAUAAUAAUCAUGACAAUAAUGAUCAUGUUGUAGAUGCUGAGGUUGCAGAACCUCCAGCUAAAAAAAAAACUGUUGACAAAGAGGGUGAAAAUGUUUUUAAAGCUGCUGCACAAGCUUACAGGUCUAAAGAUAAUGUAGAUACAAGUGUAGAUGACACAUUAGCUGAUACUUUUAAUGAAUUUUUCCGUGAGGGAAUUUCUGAUGAAAAAUACAAUGAACUGAUGAAAUCAGUGGCUAGACCAGAGAAUUGUGUUUCUCUUACAAGAACUAGAGUUAAUCAGCUUAUUUGGGAUUUACUCUCUCCUCAAACUAGGUCCUUUGACUCAGUUAUACAACAGCAUCAAAAAACUGUUGUAAAAGCAUCUUGUAACAUUACAAAAUUGUUAAACAUGUUGUGUAAGCUAAAACCUGACUUGGGUGACAAUUGUCAACAAGAAAUUCAGUCUUGCAUAGAUUUGGUGAUUGAUUUGUUAGCUUUACUGUCACAAUAUAACAAGAUGACGAAUGUAAAGAGAAAGGAAUAUCAAAGAUUUGAUUUAAGUCCUGAAUAUCAUCACUCGAGUUCACCCUCAAUUCCUUUCACUGACAUGCUUUAUGGUGACAAUGUCCAUCAAAAGUCAAAAGAAAUUCAAGAUAUGAACAGACUUAGUCGUAAUUUAAAUAAUAACAAUUAUGCAAGAGGUAGAGGAAAUGGUUUUUCUCGAGGCGGUAGUUUUGGUAGAGGACGAGGUUUUGGUAGAGGCCGUGUAGGCUCUCGUCGUGGUGGAUACAGAGGUGGUCGUGGUCGUAGUUUCGGUGGUAGAGGCCAGUAUUCAAAUGAUCAAGGUGCUUCAAAAAACUUGAGAGGUGUUCCAAGUUUCCUGAGGAAGUAA